AGAAAUUCGCCGGGUUAUAAUGUUGAAUCAUGCAGAGUGCGAAAUAACUGCACAAGUCAAUCAAGUACACCCGUACUUGUGCGUACAUAUGUACAUGUACAUGUAUGCCUACCGGCCUACGUGGGAUUGCCCCCGCACAAUGUCAAACUUCGGAGAAACCGUGACAGAUUUUCCAAAGACAUCAUCAGAUCAUCGGUUUAAUAAAUCCACUGUUUGCCCUUGUCUUUUUUCCAUGAAUCGGCGCUCUAGGUAGACCCAUUUCACGGUCAUGAUGGCCGCAGUUUUCGACUUCGAGCUCAACGAGCCGGGAGCUCAACAGCUGACCAACCAUCAAGAAAACGUCUCCGACGAUGAUGCUGUGGAGGAGCAGUACCUCACAGCCAGCUCGGGCUCCGUUCCUGAUGAGGACGAAGACAUAGAGCAGCUUGCACUGUCUGAGCACACCGUCAACCCCCACAAUGAGCGGGUUGGACCAGAGCACUUUCAACUCUUGAAAGUCUUGGGCAAAGGUGGCUACGGAAAGGUUUUCCAGGUCAGGAAGAUUGCUGGUACUGAUCCUGGAAAGAUCUUUGCCAUGAAGGUCUUAAAAAAGGCUGUUAUUGUCAGGAACCAGAAAGAUACUGCACAUACCAAAGCUGAAAGGAAUAUCCUUGAAGCAGUCAGGCACCCAUUUAUCGUGAAGCUUCACUAUGCCUUCCAGACAGGCGGGAAACUAUACCUCAUUUUAGAGUAUUUAUGUGGUGGGGAACUUUUUAUGCAUUUGGAACGAGAAGGAAUUUUCAUGGAGGACACAGCAUGUUUUUACUUGUCUGAGAUAACGUGUGCACUUGAGCAUCUACACAAGCAGGGAAUUGUCUACAGAGAUCUCAAGCCUGAAAACAUCAUGUUGAAUAAACAAGGUCACGUUGUUCUAACUGACUUUGGAUUAUGCAAGGAGUCACUCGAAGAAGGUUCCAUGACACACACUUUCUGUGGCACCAUAGAAUACAUGGCUCCAGAGAUUUUAACAAGGAGUGGUCACGGCAAGGCAGUAGACUGGUGGAGUCUGGGUGCCCUAAUGUAUGAUAUGCUCACUGGAGGGCCACCUUUUACAGCAGAGAAUAGGAAAAAAACUAUCGAUAAGAUUUUGAAAGGCAAGCUUAACCUACCUCCAUAUCUAACUCACGAUGCUAGAGAUCUUCUCAGAAGGUUACUAAAGAGGACUGUGGUAUCGAGGCUUGGAAGUGGUCCAGAGGAUGCUAAGAAAAUCAAAGAGCACAGCUUCUUCAGACAUGUCAAUUGGAAUGACGUCCUGGCAUCCAAAGUAGAGCCUCCCUUUAAACCUUUACUGGCCAAUGAUGAAGACGUCAGCCAGUUUGACACCAAGUUUACUAAAGAGCCACCAGUGGACAGUCCUGAUGACUCCAUGCUUAGUGAGAGCAUGGAUCAGAUCUUUCUUGGUUUUACGUACAUAGCGCCCUCUGUGUUGGAGAGCAUGCAAAGACCUCACGUAGUAAAAGCAAGGUCACCUCGCAAGAUAACGGGACAGAGUCCUCACACGCCCAUCAGUAGCCCCAUGAAGACACCAUGUACACAGUUUGCAUUUGAUGAGGACCUUGUCAAUACCAAAUCACCAACUUCCUCAACUGUGGAGGCAAUGGACACCUCUGAGCCAAUUACACGAGCCGGAUUCAGAUAACUUGGAUGCUGAUUGGUCAGUGUGCAUUGUGUAACAUAGACUUCUGUACUGGAUUGGCUGAAUGCUCUUUCAUGACAUACUUGAAAGAAAAAACUGACUUUAAAAUGUACAACUGGCUGCAUGAAUCCGAGGAAUAAACAUAAUCUAAACUGACUGGUCAGUUGAGUGCAAUCAAAAGAAUCACCUGAUUGGAUGAUAGCUAGUCACCAGCUGAAAAAGGAGCUGACAAUCAUUGGCUAAUUAAAUGGUCAUCUGCACAUGUGUAGAGAGCUCAUGCGAAUUCUAAUUGGUUACUUUUAUCAUGUGAUUUGAAGCACUGUGUGAAAGAGUUGCAAUUGUUGCAUGAACAUGGCUGCUGCAAGCCAGUUGGUCAACUUAUGCUAAUGAAACUGCUAAAGAAACAUCAGAUUGGAUGACUACUUUCACACGACUUAAACUUGAGUAACCAUUGGCCUUCAAGUGUAAAGUAAAAUUAGCGUGUUUUAUAUCUAUUAAUUUUUUACCAAUCAUUGAUCUUCUUGUAAUACAGGAUCAUGUGAUAAUAGUACAAACAGACAAUUAAUAUGAUUCCAUUAAAUCAAAAGGUUUAUUUAUCAUGUUAUUUUGGCAGGCGUAAAAAGUCUGUAACUGGUGAGAUGCUUUCAGCAAUAAUAACAUGAGACUUUUAGUUUAUAAUUUUUUUUUUCGAUAUUUCCGAAUGACUUAGUUACUGUUGUUGACCAGGGAAGGAAAGUUAGUGAUCAAACUUUAACCCUUGUCUUUUAAUGGGUCGUUUAACAUGCAAAUGUCAGAGUUAUGGAGAGUUUUAGUAGAGGAUGGGAUAUUACUUAACAACUCCAGAGACAAAAACCUUCUUUUUAAAAGUUAGAAAACCUCUUAAGAUAAGCUAUCUGCUCAAUUUUUCCUCUUACAAUCUGCCUUCGAAUUGAUAACUUUGUACGCAUAAGCGCACAAAUUUCUUCAUCCAAAAAGUCUUUGCAAGUGGUUUUUACCAAAAUGCAGAAACGGUGCUCAAUGCUGUAUGCUGUAUGUAUUGCCAAGUGGCAAAAGUAAUGAUUGAAUUAAAAUUAUGCAGUAUUAUGUGGAAUGGAAUAACUUUGAAAACCAUUUUUCUCCAAUACUGUCCCGAUUAGAUUUGGUCUAAUGAAAGCUGUUUACUCAUUUGAGUUGAAAAUUUGGGCUGGAAGUAGGGUCAGGAUAGAGAAUUUAGACUAAAUAUUGUCAUAAAUUGUGAUUGAAAGAGAGUGUAAAUUUUGUUGAAAAUGCUGCAUUUUGGAUAUCCUGUUAACAGCUGUUAAAGCAGGUGUCAUCGAGAAGCGGAGUGUCCCUUUAAUGACAUUUCUUAAGUUUGCUGACAUAAUCAAAUCACACACCUAACUGCUGUAUUUGGGGUUUAAAGGAGCACUCUGUGAACAGUGAAUUUAUUAUUCAAUCUAGAAAAAGUUCUCCUCAUUGUAGUAUAGUGAUGCUGUACAGUAUAGGCAUGUGUCCCUAUGAUUGCUACUCUGAAAUUAGUUAUUUAUUUAAAGCAAAGUUUUGUCGGUUAUUUGGCUUCUGAUUGGUUGUGGCUGUCACGUAUUCAGGAUAUUCUCUCUAUGUGAUUGCAGACCCCCUCUAAAAAAUCAUAUGGACAUGUCAAUACUUGCUCAAAAUUAUACAUUCAGUGUCUCAAUGAGUCAUCUCAUUUGUAUUGCCAGAAACCAGAUAUUAAUAUAUACAAAGCUGGAACAUACAUCCAUAUCUCUUAGAUAUCUUGUAUUAUUUUUUGUAGAUAUCGUAUAUUGUUCAAGUUUAUAUCUAUACACUCCUUCGUAAUCAACAUUCCUACCCGAUUGCAUGUAAAACACAAGCUUAAGAAGGAAGUUGUUAUUUGUAGGUCUGAGUGUUGUUUUUUUUCUUCAGAAGUCAGAAAGAAAAACCACACAGUUAAUACAUGUACAUGACGACCCUCAUUUAA